AUGAACGACUAUCCUAUGGACGCUGCGCCGCAGUCGCUGUCCGAGCUCCUUCAGCAAUCAAGAAAACUCACAAAUCAUCUUGGUCGCUCUGAUCUCCCUCAGAUCCAGCUUGGCCUCGAUCAGAUCGAGAACCAGAGUCGCAAACUCGUCUCCAAAGGCCUCCGAUCCGGUUCCGCCCAGCCCGGAGAUGCUCGCGCUCACUACUUUCUCGCCAAUGGCGGUAUCGAUGCAGCGCAACUCGCUGAUACCAUCAACUCGGCCAACAUCGCAAGCACCUUCGAACCUCUUCAGCCUAUCUACGACACGGAUGUAGAGAGCUACCUCACACACGAGCAUCAGCAAGUCAUCAUCAGCGCCAUCGAACAAGGCAGACGCGAGACGCUCCAGGACUUCCAUCGCAACCUGGAUCGCACUAUGCACCGCGACUGGGAGAGGCAGAAGCGCAAGAUCCUUGAAGAGCUUGGACAACAUCAGCCAUCAAGCACGCCAACAGCAGGUCGUGACGUCGAUCUCGAUGCUUCCCGUUCUGGUUUCGGCGCAUCUACUUCAGCACACACUUUGCCCGCCGGCUCCAACGCUACCUCGCAGAUGCACGGCAAGAUGGCUCGCUAUCAGAUGGUCGUCUCCAGACUCAAUUCGUCUCGUCUCGAAGGCUACAGCCUGGCGUUGGCGCACGCCUUCAUCGAUGCCAUCUCUGGCCUCGGCGAGGAUGCAAAGAACAAAGAACUGCAAGAGAGCUGGAAGGCGCUCGCUUCCAUGGUACGAGAACAGAAUGUCCGCAAUGGCGAGUUCAGUGCCAAGCCCAUCAAGGAGCGACAAUACGCCCCUGCUUAUGUCGACCUCAAAGGCUGGAACGGCGUGGAUGGCAUCGAUCUCCGCAAGGAGCUCAUCGAUGGCUCAAAAGCUUUCCUGGAGAACGAGUUCGAGGAGCACAUGGAGCAGGUCAUCGCCGCCAAUCCCGUCCUAGCACAGCGCGGCGGUGCACCCACCGUUCGUUCCACAGUCAGCGCCUUCCUUCGUGUUCAGCAUCUCAGCUCCACCAACCAGUGGAGAUCCGACUUGGCCAAAGAGCUUGAUGCAUCCACCAAUGUGCCCAUCUGGGCCGAGCUUUACUUCCUGCUCCGCAUCGGCAAGGCCCGAGAAGCGCUCGAAUGCGCGUCUGAAAACGAGAACCGCAUCCGCUCUACCGACCCCUCCUUCCUCGCCUACCUCAAAGCCUGGGUGGACUCGCCCGACCGCCGUCUGCCGCGUCUGCUCAAGGACCGCUUCAUCGCAGAAUACAACUCUCGCUUCCGCACGCUGCCCGAGGUGCACGAUCCGUACAAGCUUGGUCUGUACAAGCUCAUCGGCAGGAUCGACGUGUCGAAGAAGUUCCCCACGCUUCUCACCUCAAGCAUCCAGAACUGGCUGUGGCUGCAGCUCAGCAUGGUCCGUGAGACCUACGAUGAGGAUGCCGAUGCUCAAGACUCGGUGCGCGAUCGCUUCACGCUGGCAGAUCUGGGCGCCAAGGUGGAGAAGUUUGGCGAGUCGUACUUUGACCCCAAGGGCAACCGACCGCUGUUCUACUUCCGCCUGCUGCUGCUGUGCGGCCAGUUCGAAAAGGCAGUCGGCUUCCUGUUUUCGCGCUCGGCUCAUCAGGUGGAUGCGAUCCACUUCGCCGUGGUCCUUGCCUACUAUGGCUUGCUGCGGGUUCCUUCGCAGGCAGUCUCGUCGCAGGUCGAAUAUCUGGUGGCCGAGUCGGACGGACAGGGCGGCAGCAUCGCCUCGAUCGACUUUGCCAAGCUGGUGCAACGCUACGUGCGUACCUUCUCGCAGACAUCGCGCCGAGAUGCACUGCAGUAUCUGUACCUGAUCUGCUUGCACGCGGAUGUGGCCGAGCCAGUAGGAUCCGAGCAGGUGCGACGCUGCCACGACCUGAUCCGCGCGUUGGUGCUCGAAGCCCACCCGACCGAGUUCCAGGAGCUGCUGGGCGAUGUGCGAACCAACGGCGCUAAGACGCCCGGUCUAAUCGAGAGGAACCUGCCUCUGAUCAAGAUCAAGAACGAGCGCGAAUUCCUCUCCACGAUUGUGCAGGUGGCUGCGACGCAGUGCGACAUGGCGCACCGCACCGAGUCGGCCAUCCUGUUGUACAAUCUGGCGGGUCAGCACGACACCGUGGUGGCUGUACUCAACAAGGAGCUCGGUGCGCGACUCACCGAACCCAGCAGCGCCGCAGAAUGGAAGUCGACGGGUCUUUCUUCCGGUGCCUCGUUCUCAGCGGCCAGCAACCUGGUCACGCUCGCCACUGCCAUCCUCGACACGUACGAGAAGCAGUUCGGCUAUUCGGGCAAGAACCGCGAUACCUGCCGUCGACUGCUGGAGCUCAAGAAGGCGGUGGGCCUGCACAGCGAAGGCCACAACCUGCAGGCGUUACAGACCAUCGAAGCGCUGCGCAUCCUGCCUCUGGAUGCCGAGUCGAGAAAGGACGUGGUGGCCAUCACGCGCAAGGCGGAAGAGUUCAAAGAGGUGGACGAGAACAUUGCACGCAACUUUUCCGAGAUUGUGCUGAUGACCAUGACGAUCCUGUACAAGCUGCAUCAGGAGCUCAAGGAGAGCAUCCACAGGAGCGGCACGAGCGCGAUGGACGAGUACCGCGCGCAGGCGCGGGCGUUGAUGAUGUGGGCGGGUAUGCUGCGCUUCCGCAUGAGCAGCGAAACGUACAGCCAGCUGACACGAUUGGAUGUAUUCAUCCACUAA